AUGCCCGACGACGAGAAAAAAUUAGCCCAUAUCCGCAAUAUUGGUAUCAUGGCCCACAUUGAUGCUGGUAAAACUACUACCACUGAACGCAUACUUUAUCACAGUGGAAAAAUCCAUAAAAUUGGCGAAGUUCACGAAGGCAAAGCCCAAAUGGACUUUAUGGAUCAAGAGCAGGAACGGGGAAUUACUAUCCAGUCAGCUGCCACUACUGUUUAUUGGCAAGAACACCAGAUAAAUAUUAUUGAUACUCCCGGCCACGUAGAUUUCACCGCUGAGGUAGAAAGGUCUUUGCGGGUUCUUGACGGCGGAAUAGUAGUUUUAGACGGAAAAAAAGGAGUCGAAGCCCAAACCGAGACUGUUUGGCGCCAAGCUAAAAAAUAUAAAAUUCCGCGCUUAAUUUUUAUUAAUAAAAUGGAUGGGGUUGACAACGUGGAAAAAUUUGCUGAGAAUUUAAAAAGCGUUCGGGAGAAACUUAAUGCCAACCCGUUGCCAGUACAGUUUCCGAUUGGAGCUGGCCGGGAAUUAGAAGGGGUAGUGGAUAUAAUAGAACAGAAAGCUUAUUACUGCCAAAUGGGCGAUAAAGAAGAGAAGUAUCAAAUAAAAGAAAUUCCACCAAAUUUAUUAGAAAAAACCAAAAAAUAUCGUCAAGAAUUACUCGAAAAAAUAAUUGAGCAAGACGAGGAACUAGCAGCGAAAUAUUUAGAAGGUGGGGAGCUAUCGGUUGCAGAAAUUAAAAAAUUACUUCGCCAAGCCACUCUCACUGGUAAGUAUUUCCCGGUCUUCUGUGGUUCAGCCUAUAAGUACGUAGGUGUAAAAUUAGUUUUGAAUGGGGUAGUUGAUUAUUUGCCUUCCCCGUUAGAUAUAGCCGAAAUACCUGUUUUCUCACCACAGAAUAAAGAUAAAACAGGAGCAGUAAACUGUCAAAGCCCCCUGCCCUGUUUAGCUUUGGCUUUCAAAAUUAUGGUUGAUAAUUACAAUAAUAAACUAACUUUUUUUCGGGUUUACGCGGGAGAGGUACUAGCCAACUCCUAUAUCUAUAAUGUUAACCAAGGUAAAGAAGAAAGAGUUAGUCGCUUAGUAAGAAUGCAUGCCAACAACAAAGAAGAAAUUAAAAAAGUGGGAGUGGGGGAUAUUGCCGCUGCUAUCGGGCUGGAAAGUACCGUUACCGGGGACACAUUUGGUGAAAAAAGUAAUCCCUUACUCCUCGAAACAAUCGAUUUUGCGGAACCGGUAAUUUCCCAAGCCAUUGAGCCCAAGACUAAUGAAGACAAGGAUAAAUUACGAGAUGCUUUGGGAAAAUUGAAAGUCCAAGACCCCAGUUUUAAGUAUUGGAUAGAUAGGGAAACCGGCCAAAUGAUUAUUGCCGGCAUGGGGGAAUUACACCUGGAAGUUUCCAUGGAAAGAUUAAGGAGAGAAUAUAAAUUAGAAAUUGAAAGUAAACAACGCAAAGUAUCUUACCGAGAAACUAUUACUAAAAAACUGGAAAAUGUGGAAGGAGAAUAUAAAAAACAAACCGGAGGAAGUGGACAUUUUGCCCGCGUCAAGCUCACUUUUGAACCGAAUAAGGGUAAAGGUUUUGAGUUUGUAGAUGCCAAAAAAGGUCAGGAGAUGUCUAAUAAAGAUGCCGAAGAGGUAAAGGAAGGAAUGGAAGAAGCCAUGUCAUCCGGUUUACUCUUGAACUAUCCCUUACUCGACGUUAAAGUCACUCUACUGGAAGGAAAAAGACACAUGGUCGAUACCAAGCCUGGUGAUUUCAAAAAUGCCGCCAUUUUAGCUUUUCGGGGCGAUAAAGUGGAAGAAAAAGAAAAAAGGAUCCGAGAAUUAGGAGUAGUUUUAUUGGAGCCAAUUAUGCAGGUAGAAGUAGUAGUUCCCAAAGACUAUAUGGGUGAUAUUUUGGCUAACCUUAGCUCACGUCGUACCCUAAUCGAAAACACCGAGGAAAAGGAAGGAGAAAGUUAUAUUAGUGGCAAAACUCCGCUCAAAGAAAUACUUAACUACUCUACUGUCUUACGCCAAUUAACCAAAGGUCGUGAAUGGUUAGAUAAGAAUUGUCCUGAUCAUAGUAACAGGAAUAUUCCUAACAUAAAAAAAAUUGUCACUGAUGAGCCGUUUGAAGACCUGGCUGAUUUUUCAAUGUUUAUUGAUUUAGAGGAAUUAGAACUGGUUUCAGCACCUGAUAUUUUUUUGGGUUCUGGGAUAAAUACAAAACUUAAAAGUUUAAAAUUGAAAAAUAGUUCCUCCUUUGUUGUCGAAGUUGAAAUAGAAGAUGAUUAUGAUUUACAAAAAAAAGCCGAAGAA